UUGUACGCGUUAGGCAGAUGGCACUUGCAGGACUGAGCUAACUCUAUGUUACAGCUGGUUGGACGUCUCUUUAUCGCACUUCUCAGGCAGCCGCUGUUGACACCCUCUGCUAUAGGGCCCGGCUUCACGUCGCAGAGUUGGUAGCAGGCAUUUUAUGUGCCUGUUGAUAGGUGUGUGCCAAUUCCAAUCAGAACACUUGUUUGUUUGUCUCGUGUGAGCCAUACGGCCCCGCACUCACCGAUACCCCAGUUGCUUUGCAUCCGCCAAGCGCAAACAGCUGAUGUGUAUCCUUGUAGCUGAACAGUAGCAUGCUGGGAAACUAGCCGACUCUCCGAACUCACUAGCUGCACUUGCUCUCAGUCACCCGCUCAGGCACAAUGGGCGCUUUAAAGAUCUGGGAGCAUCUUCAGGCAGGCAGCUCAGAAGUGGACUGGUGCGAGGACAAUUACACCAUAGUGUCUUCAAUCGCAGAGUUCUACAAUACGCUUUUAGAUACUAAGAGAUAUAACCCGCCUGCCAUUUGAGUGAUAAUGAUGCAGUCCUGGACCCUAAAUUCCCAGAAUCACCUUAAAGACAUGAGAUCAGCAACAUUUUAUUUUUUGUGUUACCGCCCAUAUGCAUGUGUCUAUUCCGUCAGUACGCAACCUGCUUCAACAGUGGGAUAUAUUUAAUAUGGACUCUGCUGGUUGUUGUCGGUAUUGGCUCCGUGUAUUUCCAUGCCACGCUCAGUUUUCUCGGGCAAAUGCUGGAUGAGUUGGCUAUCCUGUGGGUGCUAAUGUCUGCAUUAGCCAUGUGGUUUCCUAAAAGACAUCUGCCAAGGGUAUUUCGAAAUGACAGGUGGAGGUUUAAAGCAGUUGUUGGGGUGCUUUCGGGAGUCACCACAGCCCUAGGGUUUAUCAAGCCUGCCAUUAACAGCAUAUCCCUGAUGACACUGGGGAUACCAUGUACAGUCUUACUCAUUGCUGAGCUCAAGAGAUGUGACAACAUGCGGGUUUACAAGCUUGGCCUAAUGUCUGGAUUUUGGUGGACAUUGGCAUUGGCCUGUUGGAUCAGCGACAAAGCUUUUUGUGAAAUAUGUUCAUCUUUCAACUUUCCCUACCUCCACUGUGUAUGGCACAUCCUUAUCUGUCUGGCUGCUUAUCUGGGCUGUGUCUGCUUCGCUUACUUUCAUGCCGCAUCUGAAAUCCCAGAGCAGGGACCUGUCAUCAGAUUUUGGCCUAGUGAAAAGUGGGCCUUCAUUGGAGUGCCUUAUGUCACUUUACUCUGUGCAAACAAGAAAGCGCCCAUUAAAAUUACAUGAAUGCCGGCAAAGAAAUCAAACAGAUUUUUUUCCUAUAUCCUAUAAAUAAGAGCUGGUACAGAUGAGUUUUUCAUCCUCCUAGCAAGUCCUUCUGCUCCGCUGUGCUGCAACUGCCAUCAAACAAUAUUGAUUUACAAGUAUUCUAUUUGUUGUGUGUACAUGGUAAUAGACUGUAUUCUAUUUACCUCCACAUUAUUUUAUGUUCUCACACGGUGGGAUGCAUUUAUUUUUUUCAGAUAAUUAAUAAAAGCUAGUGCAUUUCA